ACAAGGCCAAGAGCCCAUGCAACAGUUGGAUAGUGAGUUUGUUUUUUCUCUUGUUUUAUUUGCCGAUGGCUAGCUGAGCACUGGUAGAAUACGCCUCCAGUUUCUUCAGUCUCUAGGUGUGAUCGUGGAACACGCUGCUACUGUUAAGAGUAUCCUGUUAUCCGUGAAGAGGAACAUUUAGUUUCGUAGCAGCAACUGUGACACCUGUGUAAGAUAUACACCGCUACAGUGUGUUAUAGGACUCGUAUGCUAUAGUAUUCAGUGGAUAUUCGUGUUGGUGGAAACAUUUGCUGUUGGUGUAGCUAUAUACUGCUACCACAGCACGUGUGUGUGUUACAAGAAAUAGGUUUCUGAUCUUAGUUUGUAUGUGAUAUGGACUGGGAUUCAGUGGAUUUAAUUGUGUCCUGAAAGAUUAACUUUAGAGUACCUGAUAACAAGGUUGAGUUGAGAUGGUGUGUAUGUUAUUGAUACAGUCAUGACCCCAUGGGAUCAUUUUCUGGUGUGUGUCGCCCUGCUGACCACGUGUCACAUCCUCAUCGCUGCCACGUCUGUUCGCUAUGUCGUCAGCGAGUUCCCUGGCAAAGGCCAAGAUCCCAUACAGUUGAACCACCUAACCGUGAACACCGAGACGCGUGAUCUCUAUGUCGGCGCCGUGAAUCACAUCUUCCACCUAACGGACAACUUCACUGUGUUGGAGACCGCUGAGACCGGACCACGCAACGACAACCCUAACUGUCCGCCUGUCACCCAGCUCGGGAAGUGUUCGUAUCCCCAGACGCCCACCGACAGCCACAACAAGGCUCUCAUGAUUGACUACACCAAUCGGCGCCUCAUUGUGUGUUCCACGUUAUUCCAUGGGCAUUGCGAAAAGCGCUAUCUCGACAACAUCACUGCCACCGAUAAUGUGGCUAAUUACGAACCAUGUGUUGCUAACAAUGCACAAGCGUCGACUGUGGCUUUCAUUGCACACGGUCCGAAAGAGGAGAACUUACAACAGCAGCCAAUGGUGCUGUACAUAGCUGCGACAUACACAACCACUGGGCUGCCCAUUUACCGUGAAAAAGUACCUGCAUUCUGCAGUCGAUCCCUAGAUAGUUUUCGAUUGGUGAAAAAGGCAUUCCGGAGUACAAAGAUUGAAAUUGAGCUACAGCAACGUGAUACGUUUCCUGUUCACUACGUGUACGGUUUUGCAUCGGGAAAGUUCAGCUACGUCGUAUCGGUACAACGACAGAACGUUCAACAACAGAACUACAUCUCGAAACUGCUGAGAGUGUGCCAGAAUGACCCGAGGUUCUAUUCCUAUGUUGAAGUGGAGUUGAAAUGUAACAUCAAAAAUGUCACAUACAACUUGGUCCAGGCCGCCUAUAUGGGAAAAGCGGGGAGUAGUCUUGCUGCCAGUCUUGGCGUCGACACUACGGAAGAUGUCCUGUAUGCAGUGUUUUCAUUAGGAAAGCCCAAUUCCCCUGAGCCACUGUCAGAAUCAGUUCUGUGUGUGUAUCCCAGGAGAGUGAUUGUGCGAACCUUCACGGGAAAUAUUCAGAGUUGUUUCAAGGGUGUUGGAAAUACUGGACCCGACCAUAUAGUCGUCCCUCAACCUUGUAUCCAAGCGGAUUUCCAUAUUGAUGAUGACUACUGUGGGGCCCAAGACAUCAACAACCCCUUGAAUGGCUACAAUCCCAUCAAAGAGGAAGCAGUGUUAAAGUUCACGCCCAACACAACAGUGUCGUCUAUCAUAGUCUCGAUAACCCACUUCUAUACGGUGGCCUUUGUAGGCACCACCAGUGGACACAUCAAAAAGGUGGCAGUUGAAGGCAAGGCAGAAGCUGCCACCUAUGAAGAUGUGACUGUUCAGGAAGGACAUACUAUAUUUUCUGACCUCCGUCUGGAUGACUCCAAGAAACACCUCUACGUCAUGACCACCAACAAGUUGACCAAGCUGAAGGUAUAUGACUGCAGCCAGUACAUUACAUGUGGGGAGUGUCUGGGUGCCAGGGAUCCAUACUGCGGAUGGUGCACCCUGGAGAACAAGUGUAGUUCCCGGGAAGAGUGUGAGUCUCAUGACACGCCCAUGCGAUGGUUGCCCUACAAGGGACAGCAGUGUACCAACAUCACAAAGGUCCUCCCAGACAAUCUGCAGAAAGACCACCAUGGCAAGACACGACUGCUAAUAGUAGAAAUUGAGAAUCUGCCCCAGUUUCAAGGCAAUUACGAGUGUGCGUUCAGCUACAACAGCCACUACUCCUCCAUCAUCACGCGGGCACAGCGGCGGAAGAAGGGAGUCGAGUGUUUCACCCCCCUGCCCAAUCAACUACCACCGUUCCCAACAGGCCAGGAUCACAUUACAAUGCGUCUGUCGGUUCGGAUGAAUGACCAGGAUUUUGUCUCAACAGAUUUCAUAUUUUUCGACUGCAGUCUCCAUAAUUCGUGUACAAGUUGUACAGAAAGCCUGUUUCCUUGUUCUUGGUGUAUCCGCAGUCACCUGUGUACCCACCUUCCUAAUGAAGACUGUCCAGUGAACGAAACUCUUGUUACUGGAAAAAAUCUUCCUGGAACGAGCAUGAGAAUUGGGCCCAAGGCUUGCCCUCAGAUAGAGUUUUAUGAUCAGAAAAUCCAGACACUUGUGCCGGCUAACACCCGCAAGGCAAUUAACAUAAAGGCCAGCAACUUGAAGCUUUUUCAAAUCAAAACUCCACUGAAAUGUUUCUUCAACAUGAAUGCUGGCAUCACCGUCCCGGCCACUAUUCAGAAGAUUGAUGAGACCGUCUCUAACAUCGCCUGUGAGGAAGUCAUGUUUGACUAUUUUCGUAAUGUCAGUUCACAAAACGUUCCAUUCCAAGUCCUGUGGGGUAACAUGCAUCCUUUGGACAACCCAUCCAACAUUCAAGUGAUGAUGUACAAGUGUACCGCGAUGGCGUCCACAUGUGGACAGUGUUUGGGUCAGCACCUCUCCGACUACUCGUGUGGCUGGUGCGAGAACCAGUGCAGUACCCAGGGGUUCUGUGAACACCUCAACAAGUACUGGCUGCCCAACCAGAUGACCUGCCCCAACCCUGUCAUAUCAGAGUUUUACCCACAGUCUGGACCCAAAGAGGGUGGCACCCUCCUGACAAUUGUUGGUGAGAAUCUGGGCAAGGAAAAGAAUGAGAUAUCGGUGGACAUUGAUGGAACUCCCUGUACGAUUGUCCACUACAAAGCACCCACCAGUAUACAGUGUAAAACUGGACAGGCCAAGUACCACAACCAGAAAGGAUAUGUUCAAGUGAUUGUCACAAGGAAAUAUGUAGCCAAAUCCAAACAAAUGUUUAAAUAUGUGAUUCCAAGUAUCAAAGACAUUCAACCAAAUCGAGGUCCAUUUGAUGGAGGUACGAGGGUGACAAUCAUUGGAAACCACAUGGAUGCUGGAACCAAGAAGAAUGUCUCGAUAGGAAAUCUGGAAUGCAAGUUUGUUGAAAGCUUGAAUCGGCAUGAAGUGGUGUGUGAGACCAUGGAAAGCCCCUCCCAGAAGAUGUCUAUAUUUGCCGUGCGGAUGAUCAUGGACAAUCAGGUGAUCCAGGCUCCCACCAAUGUGUACUACACAUAUGUUGACAACCCAGUCGUCAGCAGAGUCGUGCCAAAGAGAGGCAUUCGCAGUGGAGGCUUGUCAAUUGUCGUGACAGGAACUAAUUUUGACCAUGUGCAGAAACCUCAGAUGUUGUUGCUGUUUGGCAACCAGGCAUUUGAAAGUGACUGCAAACUGCGAAAUUCUCACAAGAUGGUGUGCAGGUCACCGCCAGUGUUUACAUUGCGUUCCAAAUUCAAGGGCGCCAUUGAUGUCCCAUAUGGAUUCCGCAUGGACAAUGUUAAGGAUGUUUACAACUUGACCCAGUUUGAUGAGACCAAGUUUGGAGUCUUUACUAUUUUUCCUGACCCAGAAUUUAAGGAGUUCAAAGGAAAAACAAAGGCACAUCAAAAGAAGACAGAAUUCCUGACAAUUGAUGGUCAUAACUUGAAUCCACCCCUGCGAACCUCAGACGUGGUGGUUCUCAUUGGUCAGGAGUUCUGCAAUGUGACAUCGGUGGCAGAGAACCAGUUGACUUGUCGCCCACCUAAGAGUCAGCCCGCCGCUCUGGAGGGAACAGGUCCACCAGAAGUUGUGGUGCGUAUUGGAAAGAAUCUGACCUACUCCAUUGGCUAUCUGCUGUACGAGGAACCGGAAACACUCACUCUGGCAGCCAUUGUUGGGAUCGCUGCGGGAGCUGCAGUGCUGGUUCUGAUAGUGAUAAUCGUGAUCAUCGCAUACCAGGUGAAGUCACGCCGCAGUAACGACAUGAUGAAGAAGAUGAGGAUUCAGAUGGACUCCCUGGAGGCAAGGGUGGCCAAUGAGUGUAAAGAAGCUUUUGCUGAGCUUCAGACUGACAUGACGGAGCUGACAAGUGACCUGUAUGGACAGGUGUCCAUACCGUUCUGGGACUACCGGACCUACUGUAUGAACGUCCUCUUCCCUGGUGUGGAGCAUCACUCGGUCAUCAGAGAUUUACAGAUUGACCCUAACCACCACAAACAGGAGGACGUGGAACGUGGUCUCAGUCUGUUUUUCCAGCUCAUGAGCAACAAAACGUUCCUCCUUAUUUUCAUCCGGACACUGGAAUCGAGUAAAAACUUCCAACUGCGGGAUCGGGUGAAUGUGGCAUCACUUAUCACUGUCGCCCUGCAGACCAAGAUGGAAUAUUCUACAGAUAUUUUAAAGACACUCUUGUCAGAUCUGAUUGAGAAAACCGUGGAAGAUAAAAACCAACCAAAACUUCUCCUAAGAAGGAAUGAAUCUGUUGCAGAAAAGAUGCUUACCAACUGGUUUUCAUUUUUACUGUACAAGUUCUUAAAGGAGUGUGCUGGCGAGCCACUGUUUAUGCUGUACCAGGCCGUCAAGCAGCAGGUCUCCAAGGGACCCGUGGAUGCCGUGACGAGCGAGGCCAGAUACUCUCUGGGAGAGGACAAACUCAUCAGACAGCAGAUCAAUUACAAACCAAUGUCUCUGAACGUGGUGGACAUGGACAGCUUCACCCAGCAGCAUCAGACGCACACGGUCAAGGUUCUCGACUGUGACAGCAUCUGUCAGGUGAAGGAGAAGAUCCUCGAUGCCAUGUACAAGAACGCUCCGUUCAGCAGCCGGCCCGCCAAGGCCGAGCUGGAUCUCGUCUUGUUUGAAACUCCUCCUGCAGAGUGGAUCUGUACUGAAAAGUCGCGACAGCUCAUACUUCACGAUGAAGAUAAUUCGUCAAAGAUGGAAGGAGACUGCAAGAGGUUAAAUACGUUAAACCAUUACCAGGUUCCCGAUGGAGCGUUUGUUGCCAUAGUUCCAAAGCAGGAUUCUCACUACAACACGAGCAGUCUCAGCAUUAUAUCAGAAAAAUCUAAUAGUAAGUUUGAUAACUUUUCAAUAACCAACCGAAGUUCUCCUGUGAUUCGCCUCACCUCACCUGAUAGAAUACAUAUUGAUCUUGAGAGCAAUGGAACGACAAAAUUUUAUCAUUUGGUGCGGCAGCAUGAUGCCGAUAUUCAGAAGGAAGGAGACCGUGGAAGUAAGAUGGUCACUGAGAUCUACCUACCUCGACUGCUCGUCACCAAGGGGACUCUGCAGCAGUUUGUAGAUGACCUGUUUGAGCGGAUCUUCAGCACGGCUCACCGUGGCACUGCCUUACCCCUUGCCAUUAAAUACAUGUUUGACUUCCUCGACGACCAGGCCUUGUUACACAACAUCAUGGAUCCCGAGGUUGUCCACACAUGGAAGUCAAACAGCUUACCUCUCAGGUUUUGGGUGAAUGUGAUAAAGAAUCCAAACUUUGUGUUUGACAUAUACAAAUCAAAUAUAGUCGAUUCCUGCCUUACCGUGAUUGGUCAGACGUUCAUGGACGCCUGUUCUGUCAGUGAACACCGUCUGGGCAAACACUCGCCUUCCAGCAAACUGCUCUAUGCCAAAGAUAUUCCAAAAUACAAGAAGUGGGUGGAAAGGUACUAUCAAGACAUUAAGAUGAUGCCAGCCAUUAGUGACCAGGAUAUGACGGCCAUGUUGACUGAUGAAUCAAGGCUGCAUGGUAAUGAAUUCAACAUUAAUGCUGCCCUCCUGGAAUUGUAUAAAUAUGUACAGAAAUACAACGAAGAGUUGGUGACUGCCCUGGAAGAGGAUGAGUUUGCGCGGAAGAGUCGUCUCAGUUAUAAACUGGACCAGGUACAAGCGGCAAUGGACGGAGAUGCCAUAUGCUAGACAUAGCUGUGAUCUUCUGUAAUACCAGACUACUUUACUACGAGUGGUUAAACCACCAACGACUCUGCUUCUAGCAUGCCAAAUAGUUCACAAUGGUGCCAUGGUUAUUAAUGCUAUUUCGUUUGAAGGCUGGUCAAGUUUUGUCUCUCGGUGUUCAGAAGACACAUUGAGAUGCGUAAUAUUUCAAGUUGUCACUGUUAACUAACGGUUCAAGAUAUACAUUUUACUGGUGAGAAAAAAACCUCCCAAAACUGCUGUGUAUAGAAUGAAUGCAUGUACAGUGAUGUUUUUAUAUUGAUGGUGCCAAAAUAAAUAUUUGCAAGCUUGCUAAUUAGCAUGUUGCACAAAAUAGGAAAAUAUUUGCGAGCUUAAUAUUUAUAGUAUAAGGCAAGAAGUUGAAAAGAUCACAGCAAAGACAUGGUGUGUUGUCAUGAAAAAUCAUCAGCCAUUGAAUAUACUGAUAACUGACCAGUCAUGGACCUUGUUACAUGUAUCAUGUACUAGAGACAGCCAAUGACAUUGUUUUGUGACAACCAGUGACAUUGUUUAGUGACAACCUGGAUUUUGAUAACAUAAACCUGGAUAUUAUCUUGCUUAUCUCAGGACCAGUUACAACCAGUUUCAUUUGUCAGUGAAGACUAGCCAAUCAGUGUGCGGAUGACAAUUUUUCUGUUGUAGUCCUGGUAACGUUUAGUCUAUCACUAAACCAAUCACAACCAUCUUUACAGUGGCAACCAGCCAAUUAAUAUACUGAUGACAAUCGGCCAGUUAACACUUUACUUUGAUGCCCAGCCAAUCAUUAUAAUGGUACUAUAGUGACAAUUAGCCAGUUAUGGUCUUCAUUGCAUCUAGCUCAUCAUUAUGACAGUAAUAACCAGUUUUACAGUCUCAACCAACCAAUCGAUGUACUGAUAACAACAAACCAGCUGACGGAUGUAACAACCAGUUAGGUUUUACAGUCUCAAUUAGCCACGGUUUUACAGUAACAACCAGACAAUCGGUGUCCUGAUGACAACAGACCAGCUGACGUUUUUACAGUGACAACCAGUCAAUCGGUGUACUGAUGACAACAGACCAGCUGACAGAUGUCGCAAACAGUUAAAGUUUUUACAGUGACAACCAGCCAAUCGGUGAACUGAUGACAACAGGCCAGUUAAGGGUUGUUUUUUUCCAUUUGUGCCUAAUGGAGCUUACACACGAAGCUUUGUCGUGCUUCCCAACAACUUGGAUCAUCAUCGUUAAUGGUGCUGUGCCUCGGACGGCUCAAGUGAAGAGUGACUGAUCUCUCUCUCUCUCGAUUCGGUGCUUGAACAUUUCUCAUAUCUAUGCAGACUACAGACACUCCCUCUGUUGUUCAGGGACAAUGCAGUAUUCCAAAGUGCUUUUAUUGUGUUCUCUCCCUCUCUUCCUCUAUCUGUGAAAUAGUUGCUGUGUGCAAAUCAUGUCCUUGUGUAUUUUAACUGACCAUGGUCUGUUAGAAUGUAUAUUGGUUUUUCAUGUACUCCGUGAAUGUUUAAUCGCAAAAAAAAUGUGACAGAGUAAAAGUAAGUGUUUCAAUUACAGCAUGCUUAUAAUUGUUUAUCCUGGAGACUGACUACUAAAACAUAAACAUUUGUGCUUUUAGGAAAUCUUAUAAAAGUUUUUUUUUUUUUGAUUUUGUGAAAUGUACAUUUUAAGUGAGAUAGCAAAAUGAUAGUUUUAAAUUUCUCAAAUAUCUUGCUAAGAUUUUAACAAACACUUGUUUAAUUAAGCAUUAACUAAACAUUAUCACAAAACAGCCGGUUUUCACUGUUAGAAGAGUAUUUUAAGUAUUUAGUAAAUAUCUUUUUAUACACUUUGUUUACACAUGUACGUACAUACAUUAAUUACUGACUUUUUAAUUCGAAUGUUAUUAUACAUUAUUAAAAUUUUAUUAGAAUAUACAAUUUUAAUGAAAAAGAAAAUUAUGGGUUGUUAUGCUUAUGUGAGAAAUACAAAUUAUGUUCAUGAUCAUGAAACAACCAAAUUGUAUUGUCAUUGCAUGUAUAUCUAUGACAGUUUCAGCUAGUCACUUUCAGAAUAAUUGAUUUUAUUUAGUAUAUUUAAUAUGGUGACAUGUAUAUAUAAUAUAUUUACAUAGUAGUUCAUGUAAAUGAUGGACCAUGAGUUUCGAAUGUAAUCUAUGAACAUUUUAGUCUUAUUCAACUUACUAUGCUAGCACAACAAAUAUGCUAUUCAACCUGAGUCAUACCUUCACACUGCAGAAUUCUCUCCCUUGCCAGAUAUGCGUAGUGCUAUCUUUUUGUUGGUUUUUGCAUGAAAAUAUUUUAAUGCAGUUUUGAAUACAAUGCUUUGUAUUCAAUCAGCAUGGAAUUUGAAAUUAGGAUAGAUGUAGAGAUUUAGAAUGACACAUUUCUAAAAGUAUUAAGCAAAAAACUAACCAUUGAUUAUCUUUUUUCCACCUAUUAAAAAAACUAAUUUUCAUCCAUCCAUUUUAGACCAAAUGUCAAAAAGAAAGUUAAAACAUUUUUAAAAUCUUUAUAAAUAUGCAAAAUAAGUGGUGCUUUGAUACUGUGCCUUUAUAUGCAAUAAGGUAUCACAAUUUUCUGAAUAUUUAAAGAACAUUCCAUUUUAAAAAUAAAAGUGUAAUCUGGAUAUUAAUAAAAACAAAUGUACAAAUCUGUUUCACCAAUAUCAAAGGGUCCAUAUUAUAUUAUAGUCCGUCCCACAGGGAAUACCUUUUUUCAUAUGAUGAAAUUUACUAAAAGUUAUCCGUUUCUCAGCCGAUUGAUUUGUAAAUUACACACAAAAAUUGUACUUUUUGGUUAUUUCCAAAACACUUUUACUUUUCUUCUUACGUCCAGUCAAACUGAAAAUAUAUACAGAAAACAGUUUUAUAGAAUGGUGGGACAGACUAUAGAUAUAAAUUAAAAAAUAUUUCCAUUGUUGGAGAAUGUAGUGAUAUACAUGUACCUAGUAUUAUUGCCAAUACUUAGUAGCUGACUCUAUAUCCGAACAUACAUACGUUGAGCUUUUACAAACACCAGGGUGACCAGAAAGACAUUGAUUUUUUUAAGCAUUGGGGCCAAAUGACAGUCUAGAUGGCCAAUGAUCAUACUGCAAGAUGGGCAAACCCCAGUGUUAUUUUAUAUCAUGACGUGCGGUUAUGAAUAUAUUAUGCAGAACAUAUCAACACCUCUCAAAAGCUGUUGUGAAUCACUUGUUUUUAGUUGAUGUGAAAUAAUUUUAAUUGUGUAUUUUGAAGACCUAGUCCUAUAUUUAUUAAAAUAUUUCCUUAGACAAAAUCACAAAUCAUGAACUCUAUGGUGAAUUUAAAGAAAAAGAAUCAUAAAAAUUACCAUAAGGGCAAUUAUGGCAAAUCUGCUGGUAGUAUUACAUUAUUUAAUAGAUAUACAUUUUUUUAUUAUUAACAAAAAUAAUAUUUAAAAAUCCAAUUUUUUAAAUUUUGUGUAUAAGUAUGUGAGAGUUUGAUUUUAAUUUUUUUGUGUGUGUUUUCUAAUGCUUUUGUUUGCCUGUAAUGUAAACAGAUCUAGUUCUUUUGAAUGUACUUAACACAGUAACCAGUGCAAAUGUAUAUAGUUUUAAUAUAAAUUUCAAAGCCACUUUGUUAUUUGUAGUUGCCAUGGUUACAUGUGUGUUCAGAACUGUUAAUCAUAUCAAGAGUUUAUUUUUGUAAUAAUAUUGUACAGUGUGUUAGAGUAUGAUGUUUGUAUAUAAACUAUGGCAUCUUUGCGAUCACACUAUUUCUAGUCACCAUGAAAACCAGAUGUUUUACUUUUAUACUUUGUAUGCCCAGGUGGUGUAUCUUUCUUUGAAGUUUACUAAGGUUAAGUUUCUGUUAAAAAACACGACCCAGAACCUUUAAAAACCUUUUAAAAUCUGGGUGGGUUUUUUUAUAAAACAUUUAUCAGUCAACCUUUAAUAAAACUGACAUCUUUACAGCCUUUGAAUGAAAUUACUAAUAAGAAAUUUUCACCAAUCAAAUGCCAAGUUCUUUUAUGACCACCGAUUAACCCAAAUUGUCAUUUAUGUUUUCUGCGUAUCACUGUAUGUUGUGUUCUAACUAAUUUACAUGAAUGCAUGUUAUACUUGCACACUAAACUUGGUUUAUGGAAAUAUCUAAAUAUUGUAAAUUUUUAUAAUGUUCUGAGCCUCCAUUUUACGAAGUGAUUUUUUUAGUAUUAAAAUCACCAUAAGCACAUAAGGUAGUUUUGCACUUAGGGUGACCUUUGUGCUAAGAUUGCUUCAUAAAACCGGAACCAGAUCUUAAACCAUCAAAUUAUGAAUAUGGUAAAUUUAUUGUUUUCUUUUUAAAUUAAAUUAAACCUUUUGCAUAAAAUAUGUAACACAUGUCAUUGCCCAACAUAGACAAAGAAAAUAUGUGCGAGAACAAUCACAGACUGUCUGUGUAGAAUGAAGGAAGUUGAAACUUGUUCAGCUUUGCAAAGCAACCGUGUUUGUCUGUGUCAGUCUGCAUGCAUGACAGAUUUUAUGGAAACCAGGAUUUAUGUAAAAGCUGAUCCAAGAGAAAUAAUUGGGCUAUUUUAAUGUUAAGAACUAAGUAUUGGUCAGGGGUGGGAAUUGGUGAACUGUUAAAGAGAAAAUCUAGAGGGGUCUGGGUGGUAAACUGUAAACAAGAGGAAAUCUAGCGGGGUCCAGGGGCAAGAACGAUUAAAAUGUGAGGAAAUGCAAUGUUCCAUGAGAGGAAAACAACUGAUCCAAGGAGAAUUCCCAUCCCUGAUUGGUUAAAUCCAAAGGACUUGAGAAACGUGGUCUACAAACGAUUACACAACUGUAAUAUUUUCCCACACUGUCUUUAUGACAUGGGCUAUAACAAUAUACUGAAUACUGUAGUCUAUAUAGCAAAUGCAAGCUUGCAGCAGUUGCAGUUUGUGAAAUUGACAUUGAUGUAUCUCCAUUAUCAUAACUUGCAUUGAGUAAUGAAAACAUCAUACAGUCAUACUUAAUGUCCGUUAUAAAAUAGUUUGUGGAUAAUAAAUAACAUUGUCAACUAUGCUGGUGGGCAAAAUAAUGUUUGUUGUACUAAUGAAAAAUCCAACAGUAAUUAUCGUUCUUGCUGUUGGUAGAUUUGUGUGAUACCAGCAUUUUGUAAAUACUCAUCUUUAGCUAUGCAAUUAAGUCUUGUCUGGUGUGUCACUUGUCGCUUGUAUAUAGGAGAAAUUGGUUAUUGUUUAAAACACUUUCCAUCUGUAGGGAAUAUUGUUUUCACUGUAUUAUAUAAAAAUACUCUUUGUGCUAAUAUAAAAAUGAAUAGAUCUAUGUCUACAUUGGUGUAUAGUAGUUCCUGUAAGAAAACAACCUGUCUUGUUAUAUUUUAAGUUUUGAAAAUAUAAUGAUGCAUGCAUCAACGAUUUUGUAACAAAGGCAUGGAUGAGUUUUAACAAAUGUAAUUAUGAAUGUACUAUUAACAAUUUCUUUUUUCAAUAUUACAAAGAUCUGUGCUUUAAAGAAAUUUAGAGACAGAACUGCAGCUUGAUUUAGUCUUAACUCAUGUUUUAAUUCUAGUGCAUUAAAUCGGAGGACUGUUCUACAGGUUUAGAAAAUCAUUUGUUAAAUUAUUUAAAAUAUAUUGUGUAUUAUUCUAUUAAGAAAUUGCUGGAUAACCAUUUUUCAUAAUUGAAUUUAUCAUCAAACUUCUCAGUUCUGUUUAUACCUGUGAACAUACAAUAUUUAUUUCCGAUAUGUAUGACAUUAUAAUUGGAAUAAUAAGUUGCAAAACAUUUGCCACAAAUAAAUACUAAUCAAGGAGUCAAAAUUCACUUUUGUAUAACAUCGGUGAUGGCUAGAAAUAUUAUCUUUAAAUUCCGUUUUCAAAGGCAGAAUUUAAACAAAACAAAAAAUUAGGAUUUAUAACAACCACAUUUUGAGUUUGUUUAUAACAAGCAAUUUUAUAGGGCAAGCUUAAUAUAAUUAAGUCAGCAUUUUUUUUUUGGUGUACUACGGUAUCUAAAUUUGUGCCCAAAUGUUAAACUAGUCCACUAGUUUUUGGCUUAAUUAAACUUUUACUAUUAGAGAGUAACAUACUGCAGAUUUCUGACCAUCAAAUUUCCCCUGUUCCUCUCCUGCUCAUUGUGGGAACAAUCAAUUUGUGAUUACAAUGGGGCUUUAAGCGUGUUUGAACCCUUGAAUGACAUUUCUAGUUAAAACAUCAUAAUUUAUAGAACCCUAUUUAUAGCUACUAUUCCGAUAACAAACUUUAAGAGUGGCAAACUACACUACAUGUUAUAGUAAAAUCUUUUACAUGUGCUAUGUAUUUUAUAAAGUUGUAUGAAAGAUGAUUGCUACGUAGUAGAGAUGUAAGUUCCAGUUCUAACAUGACGAUGCUGGCUUUACCCAAUAUCAACAGUCUGUUGUGCCAAUGUUCAUAGUAAGUGAAAUGGACUGUUGGUAUGGCACGAUUGUGACAGUGCCGUUUUGUAGUUUUUAUAUAGUGUAUAUGUAUGAUGUAUACCAGUGUUGUUUUGAAAUCAUCAGUUUCAGCAUUCAUGUAGUUACAUGUAUGGCCUUCAAAACAAAUGUAUGCACAUUUUCAUGUUAUGGUAUGCAUAUGCUAAAUGCAUGCAAUUCUUUAAAAAAAUAUAUAUGAAAUGAAAAUUUAAAAAAAGAAAUAAAGCAAUAAAAAUAUA